AUGAUUAUGUUAAUAUUGUUUUGGAUGGUAUGUGUUGUGUACUCCUACUUCCUGUGGCGGCAGAGAGCCCAGGACACGGACAAUGAGCCACCUAUGUUACCCGGGGCUUGGCCUAUCGUUGGACACGCACCGCAUCUUAUUGGUGAUAGCAGUCAUUUAUGGAAAGGAGUUACGGACCUGGCCAAUCAGAGUUACGAGAUCGGAGGAGUGGUGUCUGCAACCAUUGGCCCUCGGACAGUCUACGUUAUAACAGACCCAGAUGAUUUUCUGACCGUUGCUAAUACAUGCCUUGAGAAGGAUGGUUUCUAUGACUUCGCUAAACCGUGGCUCGGCGAAGGUUUAGUUACUGGAAAACUUUCCAUAUGGAAGCACCAUCGCAAACUCCUGAACCCAGCCUUCAGCCAGACAGUCCUGGACGGGUUUCUGCACGUGUUCAACAGGCAGGCUCGGAGGCUGGUCCAUGAUUUAGCCGCUCAGGUGGGCAAGGGCCCGUUUGACCACUGGAAUUAUACGAAGCACAACGCCUUGGAGACUAUUUGCUUGACAGCCCUGGGUGUAGACUUCGGAGACCACACUCUCCUGAACAACCAAUAUGUGGUGGCUGCUGAGGAGAUCUUCAAGACCCUGGUGGACCGUUUCCAGCAGUUCUGGCUUCAUAGCCCACAGAUCUUCAAGUUCAGUGCCGUCAAGAGGACUCAGGAUAGGUGCUUGAAGAUUGUGCAUAAUAUGUCGAAUACGGUACUUCAAAGGCGGAAGUCGGAGCUGAAUGGAAACAUUUUGUCUGAGAGAAAUACAGGAAAGUUGACAGGUCUAAAAUUCAAGGCGUUCAUGGACCUUCUUCUGGAGCUGUCCAUAGAGAAGGGAGUGUUCAAUGACAGAGAGAUCAGGGAACACAUAGACACCAUGAUAGUUGGGGGUCAUGACACGUCCGCUAACGUCCUCAUGUACACCUUAGUCCUGAUUGGCUCGUAUCCGGAGGUGCAGAAGAGAAUAUUCGAGGAGUUACACGACGUAUUCGGCAAUUCGGACCGAGACGUGGAGAAACACGACCUGUCCAAACUGGUGUACCUGGAGGCGGUCCUGAAGGAGAGCAUGAGGCUGUACACCAUAGUGCCAGUGGUCGCCAGACGGCUGAACUGUAAUGUUAAAUUGAAAAAUUACACUCUAGCAGCUGGCAGGACCUGCUUCAUGUUCCUCUUCGGGAUCCACCGGCACCCCAUAUGGGGUGAGGACGGGGACAAAUUCAAGCCUGAGAGGUGGCUCGACCCCGCGACUUUACCUGAUAACCCCAACGCGUUCGCCGGUUUCAGCAUAGGCAGGAGAAUGUGUAUCGGUAAAUCCUACGCCUACAUGUCAAUGAAAACGACUCUUGCGCACGUGAUGCGGCAUUACAAACUGAGCGGGGAUCACACGAAACUGCAGCUGAAACUCGACGUGAUGCUGAAACCAUCUACUGGGUACUUCAUCAGCAUAGAGAAGAGGAAGUAUUGAUAAUGUUUGGGCGAUUCAGUGACAGCCCUUAUUCUGCGGAAACAGCUAAUCGCGUUUUGAAAACAACGAUAAGAAUCAUAGACAAAUUAUUUAUUAGUCAUAAAAUAAAGCGAGAUACAAGAUACAUACUCAAGGUAGCACCACGAUUAAUUUUAAUUUGAUAAUUAUUAAGAUCUAUAUAAUUAACGUUGUUGUUUUCAAAUGCGCUUAUACAUGUGUGUGCUGGUAUUUAUGGGAAAGUAAUUAUUCUCAUUUUUUGGUUGAAACAACGCUAAAAUAUUUUUAUGUGAUUCGUGAAGUGAACUACCUUACUCUCAAUACUUAAUUAUACUCGUAUUAAGUCCUUAGACCAUUUUAUGUUUAUGGAAAGGUAAUAUUAAUUCUUGUAAUACAAAUAAGAAUUAUAUUUGUAU